AUUUCGAAAACAGGCAAAGUUUAGAAGGCAAAGCGCGGUUCUUAAGACCAACCAGAAAACUGAUUGCUAGCAUCGUUGAUUUGUCCGCGGCAGUUGUCGGCAGAUGUGAGCAAAUGAAAUGUUUUUCUUAAAGGAAUUGUGUUUCUUGAUAGCUCUGAUUGGACAUUCUACAGGUAAUGAUGGUAAUGAUGGUGAGUUCAAAUUCAAUAUGGUAGGCUUCACUUCAACUCCUGUUGUUGAUGAUAGUGGGCAAAAUGAUGUUCGUGGUUAUACACUGGGCUCCGAUAGAUCAUAUAAUAUCACACUCAACAUUUCACUCGUAGUCGACACAAAUCUAUCAGGACAACUGCUAUGCGAAAAUCCUCCCUUGUAUGUUGGAUUCAAGGAGGUAGUUAAAUGUAAGCCAGAUAAAAAUGAUGAUGCAAACUGGACUCUGCUUAAAACUAACGUUAUUAGCAACACUACUGAAGCUCGAAUAGGCGUAUUUACUGCGUACGCUGAGAAGGGUAAUCGAAGUGGCACUGCUACUAUAAUAGUUCACCAUGCAAACACCCCUGUAAUACCAAUUGUUCGCACCAAGACCGUUAGUGUAUUUGAUAGUAACGUUACAUUGAGCGUUUACCAAUGUAGCGGAAAUAUUGAAAGCUUACGAUGGGCGAAGAAUGGAGAUUAUAACGAAGAAUGGGAUGGGCUGACGGAGAUUUUAUUCGAAAUUACAACAUUGAAUGAUUCUGGGAUUUACGAAUGUUAUAUAAAUGGCAGCCGGAAUGAAGGAAAACACGCUUUCAUGCAGCUGAUAGUAAGAGAAUGUCCACAUAACAAAUGGUCUCCGCCGAAUUGUAAUAAGGAGUGUGACGUUUGCUACAAUGGAGGGGUGUGCGAUACAUACAUCGGAACUUGCAUAUGUCCUUCGGGAUUUCAUGGAAGUAGAUGCGAAAUAUCUGCUGGUGGUAAUAAAUUUGGACGUGAUGGUAAUAUUCCGUGUAAAAGUAAAUCUACGGACGAAUGCAAAGGGAAUCUGAUUUGUCCACCUAUGCCACAAGGUUGUGCCUGUCACGCUGGCUGGAAAGGCCUCGACUGUAAAACGGAAUGUGAAGCAGGCAAGUAUGGCGCUGACUGUCGGCAAAUUUGUCAUUGUGACGCUGUUCAGUGUGAUCCUUCCAAAGGCUGUGAUGAGGACGCAACAUGCCACACUGGCUACAAUGGUACAAGAUGUUUAGACAGUCCUACAUCUUUCAGAGGGCACACCACUCAUGGCAUUGUGCAUUCUAGUCAUCAUACGGCGUGUAGUGUGACAACAACUGAUGGUAACGUACUUAGUACCAAAUUAACAUGGACCUACAAUUCAUACUAUAGCUCCAUGAUAGUUUGUUUAGGCAUGGAGGAAUAUGUUUAGACUAAACUUAUUCGCCCAUGAUGGUUUAAGUCAUGUAUCAGUCAAUCGCGAACCCUGUUGGUAAAGAUGAUGAAGAAUGGUUGAUGCCAGAUAGUUAUACACAUAUAUGCACUAAUCCUUUACUUUACAGCACUACUGAGGUUAUUGUAAUGGAAUAUUUUAACUGGCAAAGUAGUUUUUGAAGAUUUUUCAGAUUUCAA